AUAGCCAGCAUGUCAGUGCAGUUAACUUGCAGCGGGGCUGUGAGGCAAACUAGCGUGUCUUUGUCCUAGGAAAUGUGCCUCUUUUUUGGGCCUUUUUUAUUGCUUUUUUAAUUUGAAGAAAGAUUCGCAAAGACUUCUGAAACUGCAUUUUAAUUCCAAGUCCAGGAAAACGACACACAUCUAGCUUCCGAAUCAACCCUUGAGGGGUUUAGUGUGUGUGCGCGCGCGUUAAGGUUUCUUUUUGUGUGCGUGCUUUUUUUUCUCUUUUUAACUUUUACGUACUUUAUUUUGAUAGUUUGAGGCUGGACCUCUCAUUUUGUUUUUGAUUUUGGGGUUUUUUUUCCCCUUUUUUGGUGAAAUUAACAAAAAGAGCCAGGCGCUCCGGAGCAAUAAUUGAUUUUUGGAAUCCUCUUUACCGUUUUUGGGGCAAAAGCAAACAAGCUGGUUUUCUCUGCUAAGCCCGAUAAAUGCUAUUUAUGAAGAUGGACCUGUUGAACUACCAGUACUUGGACAAGAUGAACAACAAUAUCGGCAUUCUGUGCUACGAAGGUGAAGCUGCUCUAAGAGGUGAACCCAGAAUGCAAGCCCUUCCUGUGUCCCCUGCCCUCACCAAUCAUCGGACAGGGCCCCCUCCCAUCAGCCCCAGCAAGAGGAAGUUUAGUGUGGAACAGGGGGAUGAUGACCUAGACUGUGAAAAUGAUCAUGUGUCCAAGAUGAGUCGUAUCUUCAAUCCCCAUUUGAGCAAGAAUGGGGAUUGCCGAAAAGAACACCGGGAAAGAAGCCGCAGCCCCAUUGAACGCGCCGUGGCUCCCACCAUGAGUCUGCAUGGCAAUCACCUGUACGCCUCCAUCCCCAGCAUCACCAUGGAGCAGCCCCUUGCACUGACCAAAAACAGCAUGGAUGUCAGCAGGACAGUCGGCAUCCCCCCAGCAUUGACCUGCGUGGAACGGCAGCAGAACCGCCCCUCAGUUAUCACCUGUGCCUCUGCAAGCAACCGUAACUGCAACCUCUCUCACUGCCCCAUCGCCCACAGUGGGUGCGUCUCAUCUACACCAGCAAACUACAGGCGGCCUCCAAGUACUACCACUACCUGUGACCCCGUGGUAGAAGAGCACUUCCGCCGGAGCCUCGGCAAGAACUACAAGGAACCAGAGCCCGUGGCAAACUCUGUGUCCAUCACGGGGUCGGUGGAUGACCACUUUGCCAAAGCACUGGGCGACACGUGGCUGCAGAUCAAGGCUGCCAAGGACGGGGCCUCCAGCAGUCCCGAGUCCGCUUCCCGGAGGGGGCAGCCAUCCAGCCCUUCUUCCCACAUGGUCAAUCACAAUCACUCUCCCUCUGUCGUCUCAUGAAGAGAGGACCGCCGACAGCUCCUCUGCUGGAGAACAAGUGAAUCUGCAUGGUUUGCCUGAGCUUUGAACCGUCGAUGCUUAAAUGGAAAAUAGUGUGGGGUGGGGUAGGUGAUGGGGUGGGGGGAGGUUAGUUUGCAACGUCUUUUUUUUUUUUUUUUUGUACUCGCUUGGUAUUUGUACAAGGGUGCCCUCAAACAUGAUAGCAGGAACUAUGUGUGAAACAUCCGUGUAAUGUAGCAUCCUUACUUCCUGCCUCAGUUACCAAAGAAACCUCUGAUGCAGGUCUGCUGACCCUCUUAACGGAACCGAAAUCUGCAAUGCGCACGCGCGGCUCGCUAGCUCGCUCACUGAAAGCCAUUACGACAGGUGGUUGACCCAAAACGCUUUGUGCUUUCAAUUAGCUCCUUGAGACUAGACUUGUUGUGGUUUGCUCCAUUGCUUUUACUUUUGUUCAGUCAUUUUGUAUGUAUAUACUUGAAAAGAACUGUCACGUAUGAUUUGCACUAUUGGAGGAGGAUUAGUUGCCUGGCAACUUUAGGCAAGAUGCUAGUAUUUCGAGGGCAAACUGCUGAAAAAAAGGGUUUAAGAAUGACAUUUCUGUCCAUUUAUAUGUGUUGUUUUUUUGUUUUUUGUUCUUUUUUUUUUUUUUUUAAACAAAACCGCUUAGAAGGGGAAGUCUCAUACAGGUUAUAGGUCUUUCUCUCUUUAGAUUUCAGGUGCUUGGUGCUUGCGAUUGGACUGCAUUACUCGACCGAACACGGGCAUUUUAUUUUUUUCUAAACACUGCAGUUUGUUAGAAUAGAGCUGAGGUUGGAGGGUUCAAUAGUGCUUUAAAAGAUGCAUGUUUUAUGGAAAAAAAUAGCUGGUAUCUAUUAAUGUAUAGACAGUUUUAAAACCAUAAUACUUACUAGCUUCUGUUCAGAAUUAGUUUAUUUUUGUCAGUUACAGUUCUAGGUAUACUCACUGCUGGUACAGUUGUACGCUAAGAUUUUUGUAUUUGGUAUUCACUUUACUCACAGCCGGCACCGGAGGGAACUCCCGCACGGGCCUCCUGAGCGAAGCAGUUCAGCGGGCGACUGGCCGUGUUAGGGGAUGACCCGGGGUUGCCCAGACCUGACUCCAUCAUUUAUUCGUGCGUCACUCUGUGCUUUCAACAGAUUUGCUUCCUGAGGCUUCAGGAUUUGUCCUCAAAACUCCCCUCGAUGCAGAAACUGCUCCUUCCACUCUAUUGGCCCAACAACAGAUCACGGGCAACCUGGGAAGGGAUGUCUCCAAAUGCUUACUCGUAAGCCUGGGCCAAGGCAGUGUACAUUCCUCCAUUAGAAGACUUUAUACAGUUAUUACUGCAUUUAUUAUCAUUUGCUAUAUUAAUAGCUACUAACUAGAGAUUAGGGAAAGAGGAAAGCAUGGCGAACAACACAGCUGUGGAGUACAGCAGCUUCUCUUUAUUGUGUUUUAUUAUUCUUAGAUACGAUCCCCAGCCCCUCCUCCCUUCCUUCGCCUCCCCCCCAGACUACAUUCCAGCCCCCCCAGAGCAGUUUGGACGCCGGCCCCUCUGGCCAGACGCACCCGGCCUCUCGAAAUCGCUGCCGAGUCGGAGGGGGACAGCGAGAUUGGGGAAUUGGUACUGGGGCCAUUGUCACUUGUUUUCGGUUUGAGACGCUUGAAGUUGAGCUGUUUGAUUUGGAAAAGGUGCAGGGUGGGAUGAGGAGGGGCUUGGCUCUCCCUUGUAUUUAUAUAGGGUGGCUGCUGAGGUGGGGGGAGUCUGGUGGUGGUUUUUGCUGGGUUUGUUUUUUUAAAGAGAAAGGCUCUCUCUGCACCCCCUUCCCCCAUCCAUGUCGCUACCAUCUCACUGGUAGUCAGUGCUUCUUUGCUUUGGCAUUCAGGCCCCUACUCUCUGUAGGAAAACCGUUUGAGAAUACUUUUUUUUAUAUAGGGAACUUUAAGACCAUCAUUACGCUGUGCGUAAAGAAUGUACAGAGAAAUUUGUAGGUAUUUUUUGAGGAACAAUUAAUUUGUUAAUGAUAUGUAGCUAUUUAAUUUUUCCCUUUCCUAUUGUAAUCAUUCAUUUUUUUUUUUUUUGUUUGGAGAAAAAAGUUGAUCUUUUUUUGUUUUAGAGUUGUCUGUGAUACAGUAAAAGUGCAGGAACACAGUUAUUCUAUGAGAACACUGCAUUUACAUUAAUAGCCACUAGUUUGUUAUCGCUACAGGCUACUGAGUGUUGUAACAGGAAAAUACUAACACUGUAGAUGGACUCUGUGGACAGUGUGACUCCUAAUGACAUUUCUUGAACAACGUGGUGAAGACCGUCCUCAUUCUCUCUCUAUUGGGAAAGUCAACAGUGUCAAUAACAGCCGGGUCCCUGGGGCUGCUGACUUAUCUGCGAUAGGUCAAGAUGGAGGUGGGUGGGAUGGGACAGAUUGAAUGGGAUUGGACGUGCCCCGGCCCAAACGCUCUGAGCGGGAGCGUCGGGAGAGGGGAACCAAACAUUUCACGGGGAAGGAAUGAGCUCCCUGAUCUAAAAAAAGCACAGUGAAGUUUCUUCACCAAGCUGACUUAUCCGCAGUUCAUUCUGAACCAUUCUCUCCAUGUUUGUAAAUCUGUAAUAUAACAAUCUCUGUGGCCUGUUUCACCUGGACGAAGAAAAAGAAAAAAAAAGGUUUGGCAGGCCAUCUUUUUUUGUACUUAAAAGUAGCCUUAAAGAACAAUAAAGUGCUCUUAAAACCAUA